AUGGAUCCCAGGGAGUCCGUCGAGGCCUGCGAGGAGCAGUCGGCGCUGCCGCACGACGAGCGGUCCAGAGCCGCCACCCUGCAGCCGCUCGCGGAGGCGGAGCGGGCCGUGGCGGCGGAGGGCGCGGGCGACGCGGGCGAGAGGCGCGGCGAGGAGCAGGCCAGCCUCGGGGGCAUCGCCCGCACUGGCGCAGCGCUCGGCGCGCCGGCCGGGGCGGCGGGCGGGGCGCGCCGGGAGCGCUGUGCCCCGCUGGCCGAGUUCGGGGAGCCGCGGAGGGAAUCUAUGAAGGGGGCCGCGGUAAGUCGCACCACUGCGCUGGCGCAGCACCAGCUGCGGCGACGCCUCGAGCAGCGCCCAGGGCGACGCCCCCGCAGCCGGGGCGCGGGCGCGGCCGCCGCGGGCGGCCCGGAGGCCCCGCAGCCCGCCGCGGCCCCGCAGCCGCCCGGCGCGGCCACCUCCGCGCCGGAGCCUGCGUGCGCAGGGGCACGCCCCGCCGAGGCCGAGGCGGCCGCCGCCUCCCCGCCGGAGGCAGCGGCUCCCCCUGCGAGCAAGGAGGCCGAGCAGCACGAGGCCGCCCCGGCGCUGCCCGGCGGGCCGCAGGGCGCCCCGCCCGCGCCCGCGCCGAGCGCGGAGAACUUCCCGACGCUCGGGGGGAGCAGGCCCGGCUCGGCGGCGAAGGCCAAGGCGGCGGCGGCGCCCUGGGGCGCCAGGAGAGGCCCGCUGCCCCAGAAGAGCGCGGAUGAUGCAGCCCCCGCGGCUGGCGGCGCUGUUGCAGCCUCGGAUGGCCCAGAGCCGCCGCAGACCGCCGUGGCCCCGCCACGGCCCGUCGCGGCCCCGUCUGUCCUGGAGCCAGCGCCCGUGGAGGCAGGCGGUGCCGAAGCCGAGGUAGCCGCAGACGCCACGUCGACAGCAAAGGCAGCAGCUCCCAAAUGCGCGGAUGGUUUCCCAACGCUCGGGGCCACCAGGCCUGGUGCGGCGGCAAAGCCCAAGGCGGUGGCGGCGCCGUGGGGCGCCCGGAGGGACCUUGUCUAUGAGAAGCGCGAGAAGGACACUCCCGCAGCCACCAACGUUGCUGUGGCCUCUGCCGGCCCAGAACCGCCGCAACCCCCCGUGGCCCAGCCGCAGCCCGUUACGGUCCCAGCUGUGCCAGAGCCAGAGUCUACAGAGACAGGCUGCGCCGAGGACGGGGCUUCGGCUGACACAGUCUCCUCGCACAGGCCAGCAGCUCCGAACGUCACCGAGAAAAGCGAGUUCCCCGAACUUGGUGGCUUCCCUUCGCUGGGCAGCACGACUUCGAAGCAAGCUGCCCCGAGCCAGGCCGCACGCAAAACCUGGGGCGCAGCAGCCAAGGCCUCGGUGAAGGCAGCAGCCUCUCCCGCCACGACGUCCUCCAAGGCACCGCCGCCAAUGCCGGCAGCCACGGAGGCAGCUCCCGAGGUGGCCGAGCCUCCGGCGACCGCCCAGCCCCCGGCGGCGGCGCCCGAGCUGCCCGACAGGGGCACGGCGGCGACCGAGCGGAGGGCCCCCGCCGGGGCAGAGGCCGCGGCCGAGCGGGAGGCAGCCGCCGCCGAGGCGGCGGCGGCGGCGGCCGUGCCGGUGGCGCUGCCCGGCCGCGGGGCCGCCGAGGGCGAGGAGGCGGCUCCCGAGGCGGCCGCCGAGGUGCCCGCGGCCCGCGGGGCGUGGGCGAAGCCGCUGGGCCUGGCCAGGGACCCCGCGCAGGCGAGGCCCGCGGCGGAGGAGCAGCCCGAGGCAGCCCCGCCGCAGCCCCCCGCCGGCGCCGGCGCUCCCGAGGCGGCAGCGGCCGCGCCGCCGCGGCAGCGGCAGCAGCAGCCCGAGGAGGCGGCUCCCGCGGGCGGCUCGGUGGAGGCCGAGCAGGAGGCGCCGCAGCGGCUCCGGAACGACUGCGCGCAGGCGCAGCCGGAGGCCGUGGCGGAGGCCCCGGCGGAAAAGGAGGAGGAGGCGGCGGAGGAGGAGGGGGGCGGGGCCACGGCGAGCGAGGCGGAGGAGCGCCCGGGCGCGGAGCAGCCGGCCGCGGGGCCCGAGGCGCAUCGGGGCGGCUGCGCGGAGAGCGCCUCGCCGGUCGACCUGUCUGGGCCGCCGCUGGCGGCCACAGCGCGGGCGCUCCCGAAGAGAGUGCCGGCGGCGAUGGGCAAGUGGGCGAAGCCUCUGGCGGCGGCUGGCGAGGGAGACUCGGCCGAGGCGCAGUGUGCAGCACCCGACGUGGCGUCGCCCAAGGCAGCGGCCGCCCCUCCGGCCGGCGCGUCGCAGGGCGGGGUGGCGGCCGCGCCGGCAGUCGCAGGGGCAGCGGAGCCUGACUCGGCCGAGCCCGUGGCCGAGGCCGUGGAUGUUGCCCGAGUGCUGCCAAGGAGAGCUCCGAAGUCGAGCGCAGUGGACGGCAAGGGCAGAGGUAAGGCUGUCGGCAGCACCGCCGGGCAGGCCUCCAUCCCCGUGCCCAGACCGCAGGCUGCCGCGCCAGAGGCAGUCCCCCCCGAAGCGGCGGUGGCUGCUUGCACCACUGCCGCGUCCGCGCCCGAUUUCGUGACGGAGGCAGGGCCACCGUUGGGUGCCACCGUCGGCGCUGUGCAAAAGGGCAACGCGGCAACGAGGCCAGAUGAGCCGAGGAAGCUCCAAGGUGCGUGGGCUAAGCAAGGCGCUUGGGGCAAGAAGCCGUUGCCAAGCGAGCCUGGCACGCUCAAGGUCUCCGCUGCGGAGCAGUCUGCGGUCGCUUCCGAGCCCUCUCCCGUUCCCGCGCCCGCAGACACGGCGCCUGUGGACCAGGCAGCCACCCCAGGACCAGCCGCAGCAGCCCAGGAUGAAAAUGAAGAGGGCACUGGCGACAUAGAUGAGGCGACAAGCACGGCCGCUGAAGAGGAGCGACGCAAGCAGGACGCCGAGACUGCGGUACCGGCGGCACCUGCGGCCCUGCCUGCUGCGCAGCCCGAUCAGGCGCGAUCCGCUUCGGUGCCACAGCCAACGGCAACGUCAGCUGGUGCGGCAAAGGAGGUGGAGAAGGCUGUGUCGCCCGCGGCGCCCAAGGCACCUGCGCCCCGGCCCACAGCGGCGCCCCAACAGACGCAGGCUGUUUCGGCGCCGCAGCUCGCUUCCACACGUGCUGCAGCGCCGCCGCCACAGACAUCACAGGCGAAGUCAGCCGUGUCAGCAGAGGAGGCGGAGCAGAUCCUCAGCAACGCCUUCGCAGAUGCACCUGCCCUCAGCGCAACAAAGCCGGCGGCCAAGAGGGCGAUGGGCGUCUGGGGCAAGAAAUUGGAGCGCUGCCCUGGCGAGAAUGCUGAUACCGCUGACUCCUCCGAGCAGCAGCGGGGCAGCCGGGUAGUGCGGGUGGAGGCCACACCAGAGCCUCACGACGAUGGAAACGAGGCGUCCCUGGCUCGGGUGCUUCCCGCUCCAUCGCCGGCAGACAGCGACGCUGCCACGGAACCGCAGCCGAGCUCUGCGCCAUGCUCGGAUCACCACCCUUCGGCCCAGGGCGGCAUCGAGGACAGGGAGACGGCGGACUCCUCGGGGACGGGCCUCGAGCGAGAUGCGGAGCACACCGACGAGGAGGACAGGUCGGACGAGGCGGACAGCUGCUUCGGGUCCGUGGCCACGCCAGAGCCAGCCCCAGAGCGAGGGGUCCGCGAGGGCGGUGCCGCCGAGGCCGCCGGAGCGACUGCGGAGCCCAGGCCGGCGCUCGGCGCCGUGAGCCUGAGGCCGCAGGUGUGCCCGAAGGGCAGCAAGCCGUCCCUGCUGGGCGGCACCGGAGCGGGGGCGCCGAGGCUCGGGCGGCCUUCGAUGGGAGUGGCGGAGAUGCUGAGAUGGCGCGAGGCCGCCCUGGAGAUGCCGCCGCCGGACUUUUUGCACUGCGUGGCCCUGGUGCACGAGACGACCUUCGAGCCGCCGGUCAGGGCGCCCAGCGACAGAGUGUCGAGGCAGGGUUCCAACCGUGGCCUUCCGCAGAGGACUCCCAAGGGCGGUGCGCGGCGCCAGUUCGCGCGCGAGGACGAGCCGGUAGAGCCGCUCCCGCAGUCGUCCAGCUCGUGGGCAGCGCAGCAGAGGAGUUGGCACAAAGACGGGCAGGACGAGGAUAAUUCUGAUACGGUCAUCACGAGACGGGUCAGGUCUUUGUUGAACAAGCUGACAGUCGAGAAGUUCAGCCUGCUGCUGGAGCAACUCCUCUCGUGCGGCAUCUGUACACAGGCUCACCUUGAGAUACUGAUGCAUGAGAUCAUGGAGAAGGCCACGACACAGCACCAUUUCAUCAACAUGUACACCGAGCUUUGCGUCCAUCUGCACAGGUGGUCCGAGGAAAACGGCAUUGGCGACGCGUCUGGCGACAAGAACGCGGGAUUCAAAAAAAUCCUCCUCAACGAGUGUCAGAAUUCCUUCGAGAAGUAUCUCAAGCGGCCUGCCCACCUCGCGGACCUCACUGGUGAAGAGCGCGAUUUGGCUGAGGUACGAUACAAGACGGCGAUGAUCGGCAACAUUAGAUUCGUCGGUGCAUUACUGUCCAGACAAAUGGUGGCCAGCACCGUGAUCUUCGCAAUCGCCGACGAGCUGCUUGCGACGCCCCCCGUUCCAGACGCCUUGGAAAGCCUAGCGGCGUUCCUCACCACGGUCGGUAGCUUGUUCGACACGCCCAACUGGAAACACCGCGAUAAGCUCAACGAGUGCUUCAAGAAGAUCGGCAAGCUGUCCAAGGACCCGGUGGUUCCAGUGAGGAUACGCUGCCUCCUCUCCGACGUGCUUGACCUUCGGGAGGCGAACUGGAAGGACAACAAGAUGGCGACAAAGACCAUCCAGGGCCCCAUGACGAUCGACGAGGUGAAGCGGGCAGCGAUCGAAGAGGUUGGCGGGUCGCAGGGCAGCGGCUCCCGCGCGCCCCGGGCGAGCGGCAACGGGACGUGGUCCGCGCCAGCGACGCCCGCGGGCGGCCAGGGCGGCGGCGGCAGGCCCCGGCCGGCGCUGCAGGGCGCCGGCGGCGGCGAGUGGUCGACGGUGGGCGGCGGCCCCCGCUGGAGCCCGUCCGGGAGGGAGCGCGGGAAGCUCUCGCAGAAGACGUCGUCGCCCCCGCCGCGGCCAGCGGAGGCCGCCGUGAAGGAGGGCAGGCCCCGUCGCACGCCCGAGCGCGUGCCCCUGCGGCUCCGGCAGCCCCCCGGCAAGCACGCGGAGGCGGAGAGACCGGGCGGGCCGGACUUCGGCGAGGUGCGCGCGGAGCUCCGCGCGACGGUCAGGGAGCUCAGCCUGUCUCACGAUAUUUCCGAGGCGCUCCAGAGAGUCACGGAGCUCAAGGUGCCGAGAGAGCACCAGUCGGCGGGUCUCGACCACAUGCUCGGGCAGAUUGCCGAGGAGGGCAGCUGCGAGGCGCGAGCGGCUUGUUUGACCUUCGUCGUGCGGCUGUUUUCCGACGGGGUGCUGCUGAAGUCGGAGCUCGCCCCCGGUCUGCAGAAGUUCUUCGGCAGCCGGGUCCAGGACCUCACCUCCGACGUGCCGUCGCUGCCGGCCAUGGUCAGGACGGAGUACAUGCCGGCCGUGGAGGAGCUCGUCCAGCUGGGAUGCCUGGGCCCCGAGCAGAAGGCGGCGUGCGCCGCGGCGCUCGGUGAGGCCUGACCCGCGGAGCUCACGCGGUGCCAGAAGCUCCGCCGGAGAUCGGCGCGGAUCUCUGGGGCUGGCGCGGGGCCCGAUGCCACAUCCCGUCGCUGGCAUGGGAGGCGCGCCCGGGGCCAGGGGCGCCAACACAGGGGUCGACGCCAUCGGGGCCCAGGGCAG